AUGGCUUUUGCACAGCGGCACUUGGGGCAUGCCAAAAAAACUCAGCUGUGCACUACUGGCUCACGCGCCUCGACAUAUGACCGAGCUCUGAAUCUGAACCCGGCCCGUGGUGGCGAGGCCGGCGCAACUGGCGUGGCCUCUUUGAUCUCAGAGACAGUCCGAGACGAGGACUUGCCUUUCAGCUUCCGGCGCAAAGCCACCACCGCUGCCCCGAUCGCACCUCUCAAGGCCCCGGACCCGUCCAGGCCUGCCCCAAGCAAACUUGCACUUGCAGGAGCACUGUCAGGGCCGCGCGAAGCAACCCGCUUCGCGGGCGACCCCACCACGAACUCCGGGCCGCCCAACUCUGCGCCGACAGGGCGCGAAGCGAUUGGCUCCGCGGACGCCCCACCCACGCGCUGCAGGCCGUUCGAGUUCUCGGGAUGUGGUGUGCGGGCCCUCACGAUGCCAACCUUGCGAGAGUGCAUCGGCUCGUGCACGAUGACGCCGAAUGUCCGUGGCACAUGA